AUGUCCGCACCAAAAAAACCAAAGCUUGACGAGGAACCUUCGGGGGAAAUUGUAGGUUACAUACACAGUGUUACCCCCAUAAAAUUAUCUAGGAACAACAACAAGUAUUUCAAUGCCAUCUUUCAAGACCAUGAAAAAUACAGUGACAUGGUGUGUUUUGUUCCAGAAUACAACGUAAUGAUGACAGAAAUGCAGAAAUCCAAGAGUCCAGUUUGUCUUGCAAAAGUGGACAAAUCAAUCAGUACAAGAAAGCCAGGUUUAUAUGACCUUAAAGUUACGUCAGCCACUAGAAUAUCUGUUGCUUCCCGUCAACUGGAUUUUAGAUACGAGCAACCAGAGAACAAAAUUCUAACCAUUGUCGAAAUAAAGGCCUUGCAAGCUUUUCAGAAGGCUGAUAUACAAUAA